AUGGAUGAAAAACAUAUUCAUUCAAAAGUAAAACAACUGACUUUAUUAAGAAAUUUCAGUUUCUCAGUUUUAUUACUACUAUCCAUUUUUCUACCACUCCAAUAUUAUGAUGUAAUCAAUUUUACAACUAAUGAUUAUAUUAAUCCAUAUUUAUCUAUUGAGGAACUACAAUUGGAUGCUUCAAAGGUUAAUGAGAUCAAAAAAUUAGGUUUGACUCCUAAAAACCCGGUUAAAAUCGUUACAAAUGAAAAAGGUGAACAAAUUAUCCAUGGUCGUUUUUUACACAUCACCGAUAUUCAUCCAGAUCCAUAUUAUAAAAUAGGCAGUGAUCCAGAUGAAGCGUGUCAUUCAGGUAAAGGUUAUUCAAAUAAAUAUGGAGAUGCAAUUUCAGGUUGUGAUUCACCAAUGAUUUUAAUGGAAGAGACUAUAAAUUGGGUAAAUGAUCAUUUAAAAGAUAAGAUAGAUUUUAUUGUAUGGACUGGAGAUAAUGUUAGACAUGAUAAUGAUAGAAAUUACCCAAGAACUGAACAAAACAUAUUUGAUUUAAAUGAUCAUGUUUCAAAUAUAAUGUUUGAAACAUUUAAAAAAGACGACGGUACCCCAAAUUUACAAAUUGAUUUAGUUCCUUCCCUUGGUAAUAAUGACGUUUAUCCACAUAAUCUAUUCAGUCCUGGUCCGACAUUACAAACCAGAGAAUUAUAUCAGAUCUGGCAACCAUUUAUUCCACAACAUCAAAUGCAUACAUUUAAUAGAGGUGCUUAUUUUUUUCAAGAAAUUAUUCCAAAUAAAUUGGCGGUAUUAUCAAUUAACACUUUAUAUUUAUUUCAAUCAAAUCCUUUAGUUGAUAACUGUGAUAAGAAGAAACAACCAGGUUAUAAAUUAUUUGAGUGGUUAGGAUAUGUAUUGAAAGAAAUGAGGGCAAGAAAAAUGAAAGUUUGGUUAACUGGUCAUGUUCCACCAAAUGAGAAAAACUUUGAUAUUUCAUGUUUAAGAAAAUAUAUAGUUUGGAGUUAUGAAUAUAGAGAUGUUAUAAUUGGUGGGUUAUAUGGUCAUAUGAAUUUAGAUCAUUUCAUACCUUUGGAUUCCGUUGCAGCUUAUAAAUCAAUUGAAAAAUCUCAGAAGAAGAAAAAGAAGAAGGGUAAGAAGAAGAGUAAGUCAAUGGAAUUGGAAUACGAUUCUGAUUCUGAUUCUGAUUCUGAUUCUGAUGACGACGUUGCAUUAGAAGAAACUAAUAUUUAUAAUGUUUUAGAUGAUAAUUUUAGUGAAGAAUUUUUUAAAAUUCAAGGUGGUGUUCCUGAAAAUAAAGUAAAUUAUAUGAAAACAUUAAGAGAAUCAUUAUAUGCAAAUAUUAAAUCAAAGAAGAAAUCAAAACCACAAAGUGAAAGAUAUUCAGUUGCACAUGUUACUGCUUCAGUUAUCCCCACAUUUAAUCCAGGUAUAAGAGUUUGGGAAUAUAAUAUAACCAAUUUACACAAUGAUCUUAAAAGCAAUGUUAAAUUUGAACCAUGGAAUAAGUUUUUCAAUGGUGUUGAACAAUUGAUUCAAAUGCAAGAUAAAUAUGAAGAUGAAGAAGAUGAAGAAGAUGAUUGGUUUUCUAUAUUUAAGAAAAAGAAAAGAGAUAAGACAUUCCCAUUACCUAUGCCUAAAAAUUUACCAUUAGGUCCAGCAUAUGUAAAUCAAACAUUUACUCCAGAAAGAUAUGUUCAAUAUUAUGCUGAUUUAGAUUCUAUAAAUAAAGGAAACAAAAAGUUCCAUUACGAAAUUGAAUAUAUGACUGAUGAUUCAUUAUAUGGAUUAAAUGGAUUAACAGUUGAUGAAUGGAUAAAAUAUGGUAGAAAAUUAGGUAAACCAGUAAAGAAUAAGAAUAAACAAGCAUCAACUGAAAAGAAGAAGAAAAAGAAAGGUAAGAAUAAUAAGGGUAAUGGGUCAGAUAAGGAAUUAGAUGAUAUGUGGCAAGAAUAUUUAAAGAAUGCGUUCGUAAGUUCAGGUUAUGAGCAUAAAGGUUUAGGUUAA